CAACACUAAUCCCCUCGCCAUUUUGCGAGAAUGUCAGCCAAAUCAUCAGCUUGCAUUUUUCGAUAAUUUUAUGUUGUUUUACAUUAUAGUUACAGUGGUUUUUGUUUAAAAAAGUUAUUGAACAGUUAAAUUAUCAUAAUGGAUCGUUUUAUAAGCAUGUGGAAAGUGCGGGAGCUGGCGGAUAAAGUUACAAAUGUAGUAAUGAACUACACAGAGGUCGAAGGCAAGGUCCGCGAAGCGACCUCCGACGAGGCCUGGGGUCCGACCGGGCAGCAAAUGCAGGAACUGGCCCUGGCGACCUUCACAUAUGAACACUUCCCUGAAGUCAUGUCCAUGUUAUGGAGGAGAAUGUUGCAUGAUAACCGGUCACACUGGCGAAGGACUUACAAGUGCCUACUCCUGCUAAGCUACUUGGUGCGUAACGGCUCGGAGCGAGUGGUCACUUCGGCUCGGGAACACAUAUACGAUCUGCGCUCACUAGAGAACUACACUUAUGUGGACGACGUGGGCAAAGACCAGGGUAUCAAUGUCCGCCACAAGGUGCGUGAAUUAAUCGACUUUAUUCAAGAUGAUGACAAACUGAGAGAGGAGAGGAAAAAGGCUAAGAAGAAUAAGGACAAAUAUAUUGGCAUGUCGUCGGAAGCGGGUGCCAUGGGCAUGCGCGGGUCCGGAGGCUGGGGCGAGUACAGCGACCGCGGCGGCGGCAGCAACUGGGAUGAGCCCAAAGAGCGAAACGACGAAGACGAUUACGAUCGAGCGGAUGACUCAGACGGCGACUACAGUCACGGGCCCAGCCAUACUAGCGCUAGGAAACCCAAUAAAGAAAACGUAUAUCGAGACGACGGCGCCGGCAGUCCUCCGCCUCGCUCACUCAGCGCACGCUCCGCCGAGCGCGAGCGAGACCGCGACACCGAGGGCUACGUCAGCGCGGCGGGCCUCGGGUCGUCGACAGGACCCGCGUCAGGAAACACGCUUAAUAUCAGUUUAAAAAGCCCCGCCAAGACUAAAAGCAGUACGCCUACCAAAAAGAUCGAUUUAGGCGCUGCCGCGAGCUACGGCAAGUCCGCUUCAACCCCAGCGCCUCCAGCGGCUUCCACGAACAACCAAUCACAAGAACUGUUGGACGACUUGUUCAAGACUUGCCCCGUACCAGGCGCACCGCAGGGCGGACUUAUUGAAGACGACUUCGACCCCAGGGCCGAAGACCCCAAGCCGGCACCAACUAGCACCGAGUUCGGAGACUUCUCCAACGCCUUCGGGGCCCCUGAGCCUGCCUCCAACGAUGGCUUCGCGGACUUCAGCAGCGCCUUCACCGGGGCCCCGGCCAGCUUCGGAGCACCCCCUGCCUUUGGUGCUCCGGCCAGCAAUAAUUUGGUCGCUCCAGCUAGUAACAAUUUUGGAGCGCCGGCUAUGAGCAACAGUUUUGUGGCAAAUGUUACUACACCGGUUAAUAAUAAUGCUGCACCCGCAGCGCCGGCGUCCAACCUCGACCUGCUCGCCGACCUGGCCCCUCCCCCCACCACCCCGCUGGGGGGGUUCACGGCCCUGGACUCGCUGUCAUCACAGCUGUCUGACGUCACGCUGCAGCCUACACAGACUGGUAUCCAACCAACGCCCGUCGACUUCCUGCAACCAACGGCAACCAACCAAACCAACCAGGCUACCAAACCCGCAACCAAGCUCGGGGCAACCUGGGCCGACACCACCGGCGCCAUCAACCUAGACUUAGACAACCUACUAGCCCCUAGGUCGCCUAAAGCAGGCCCUGCACCUACUAUAAAUCAGUUAAAGUCUAGCCCGAAUAGCCCCGCUAAGCAACCUAAUAUGAUUGCAAUGUCAUUCCAAUACCAACAGCCUAUGAAUAUGAACUUGAACAAUAAUUUUGCUCCCAACAGGGCACAGUUUAACCAGAACCUUUUACAAUGAUAUUGGUUAAUGGCUGAUCCAUGCCAGAAUGGUUAGGUUGAGGUUUUUGAGCAAUGAAAUUGUUUUUUGUGGGAAAAAUGUGCUCAAUUUUGUGCUUUUAUAAACCACUUAACCUUUUGAACGCCACAGACGGCAAUUGACGUCAACGCAAAAUCGUGACAACGACGCCAAAGACGGCAUAUGACGUCGAUCGUUUUUUGAUGAAAAUCUACUGAAAAACACCCCACUUUUAGGUUGGCAUUAUUUAUUCACAAAACUAAAUUUUACCCCCGUGCCGUCAGUGGCGCGGCAAAUGGAAGCGCCGUUUGGCGUUCAAAAGGUUAAUUUAAAAUCGUAUAUUUUAUUGUAGUUUUUAUUCCUUUUUUCACUAAAAGAGAAUAAACGGUGUUUCCUUUAUGGACUUGUCCAAUUUUUUCAUUGCUCUAAAAUCCAAAUAAUUUAAUAUUAGAAAUUGAAGAUUUGGGAUUUGGAAUGUUGAUGUUUUCUACGGUUUAGAUAUAUUAAUAUGCAACAAAAGUACGGAGGGUCAACUGAGACAUGCUGCAAAUAUGCCAAAAUAGACUUAAUAAACCAAUCAGGUCUCUAACCCUUUACCAGGUUAAGGGAUAUAUAUUUCCCACAUAAGGCACUUCAAACAUAUGUUAUAUUUUCGAUCAGUAAGACUGACAUUCGAUUGUCAUUUUUGAACUGUCAGCCUGGUAAAGCGUUAAUUAUUAUUGAGAUGUAUGAACAGUAUACAAACGAAGGAAGUUAUUCAAAGAAGUUCCAUUGCUUGCAUCAUAAAGGGACAGCCCGGCGCUACUAAAUUUCACAUAAAAUCACAAAUGAGUUUCAUCAAUAACUUUCUUUACGCAUAAACAUACGACACCUAUAACCACAUAUUUGCAAAUACAUACGUUUAACCCCUAAACUGUCAGGGAACAAGAUUUGCCUGCGAAAAUCACCUGAAGUUAAAUAAUUAUAUUUUGUUUCUGUUUGCUGAUCUUACAUCGUGUCAGUGGAAAGCGAGGGGUUAAUGUAAGAUUGUGCCGUUUCAUUUCCAGGUUACAGAUGUUAUUUAAUCAAUUUAUCGUUCAUAUGUCGUCGGUCAAAUCUGAAAGUAGAUAAACCCUUUUAGACAAGGUGCGGCUUCAAAUGAUUGACCGAUUUGCGACGCCACCGCGUAAAUGCUGCCAAAUGAUUGGCAAAAAUGUGCGCGAAAAGAAAGGUGCAUCGUUGUUAUUAAAGUAGUGUUGUACAUAUAGUUCGACAGUGGUGCAUAUCAGCCUAUAUCAGAGGAUAUUAUGUAUGCAUGUACAUAAGAUGUCGUUUGCGAUGUGCAAUAUGUAAAGCGAUCUUAAACUUUCCUUUGUUGGUUAUGAAAUGUUAUGUAAAUUAGUGCUCUUCGGCCCGAUUUGAUCAUAACUUAGAUAACUUAGGUUGGUGAAAUUGAUAUUAGUUAAAAAACGACAUGUUUUUCUAUAUCUAAAGUGAAAUAUGUAAUUGUUUGAUUGAGCCAAAUUUACAAUAGAUUGGAAACUUAUAAAAUGAGCAUCAAUUAGUUAUUAAUGUUGACUUUAGUGUAAAAAAUUUCUGUAUAAUUGCUACAAACGCUAUAUAUAUACGCUGUACUGUACAUUCCUUGUAAUUUCCUUAAUACUAAAAAAUCCUUUAUAUGUAAUUCACGUUUUAUUUGAACCUGAUGUGUCUUGAUAAUAAUUUAAUCGGUUUUAAGUCGUUUUCAUGAUAGAAAUAGGGACAAAAACGUGGCAAUAUGUAGAUAACGCCCGAAGUGCUCCCGGCGUUCUAAAUAUCACCAGCGUUAUUCCCACUAGUUAUCGCCAAGUUCUUACUCGUUAAAUUUUGGUGGUAACUACUGGGAAAAAAAAUCUACUGUUAAUUAUAAUAGGCCUGAUGACAAAUAUUGAAAUCCCUUUUAAUAUUGUCGGUACACUUGUAUUGGUUCCGAAAAACACAAUAUUUCAGCUAUAGGUACUUAUAAGAUUUAACAUAAAUAAUUCCAUUUUAUUGUAGCUAGUGCACGCCAUUUGUGACGUCAUAAAUUAGAUGGUGGUAGUGUGGUAUAUAUUGUUUACAUACUUACAGUUACGAAUUUUGCCUUGAUGUUGUUAAUUCAGCACAAUAUAUUACGAUUAGGGGCGAUAAGUACAGUACAUAAUUAUCACAAUAACUCAUUUUAUACAAAAACUCUCACACGUAUACGUACACGUACUGUAUCUAAAUAAUUAUUCUUAAAUUGCAACCAAUUUAAGAAUAAUUAUUUAGAUACAUCUAAAUUUUCAGUGAAAAUACCAAGCGCCGGUUUUACUUUUGAAUUUUUAUUUUUUUCUAUUUAUUUCCAUGAUUCUUUGUUACUGUCAUCAGGCCUAUUCCCAGUAGGUAGUUACUAGUGGUAAAAGGUGGGAAAAAAAAAUCCCAGAAGUUACCACUGGUAAAAGGUGGGAAAAAAUUCCCAGUAGUUACCACUGGUAAAAGGUGGGAAAAAAAUUCCCAGUAGCUACCACUGGUAACAACUUGGUGGUAAAUAGUGGGAAUAACCCUAUCACCAUUGAUCGAAAGCUUGCAAAGAUGUUUUUUUUUAAUUUGGGAUGCAUGUUAGUCUAAUAAUAGCGUAAACUGCCAUAUUACACGUAACUACUUGUAUAAAUAAUGUGUAAUACAAUACGAGUAGGUAUAACAUUUUUACAUAAAUCAAACACAGAACAUUAUCUCUAUGUGGGAAUAUUUGAAGCAUGAUUUUACAUGAAUUUAAUGUAUUUACCGAAAACGAAAUGGGUCUUUUCAAUACAGUUUAAACUCUAUAUAGCGACAAUCAAGGGACCGGACACUUUUGGACGUUAUAGAGAAUUUUCGUUAAAUAGGGAGAAGUCAAUAUAAAAGUAAACCAACUAGAGCCAAAGACUUCGAUGUUAUAGGGAGUGAAACGUUAUAUCGAGUGAAGUUAUAUGGUGUUUACUCUGUAUCGUAUUUAUUUCGAUUGUAAUUCUAUGAACAUUUUUUGUAGCGACAUUUUAUUAAAUUUGCGAUUUAAUCCAUUUUAUUCCCAACACGAUCAAUAGAUCAUGUCUUACUACUAAGUGGAAUUAUAACUUUACCAUCGCGACAUUAGAUAGACAAAUAAAAUAUGGACAUAAUCGCAAAGCUCAACGUUGAGAUUUUGAUUUUAAUAACCCUUUUCCAGGCCGCACCAAUAUUUCCAGGUUUCCUAAAAAAUGCAAAUAUACCGGGUGUGGCCUUUAAUAUGAGCAAAAAGUUUAACUGUAGGCUGUACUCCCCAUACUGACCAACAUUUGUUCAGCGACUUUUAAAAAUAACUUGCGGUUUGAUUUUUAAUACACUUUAAAGUUUAUUCUAAGACGCAAUGUAUUGCGAAUUUUGUUAUGUUUAAGGUGUGACAAGCAACGUCAAGCACAAUGAAAUGGCGUGGCGAUGGCGUCCAUUGAAGAUAAUAUUUAUUUUGUAUGAAAAAUAGGGAGUCUAAAUACUUCAUAAUUUUUAAAAGUUGUUGAACAAAAGUGUCACCGUUUGAGGCCUACAAUCUGUGUUUUAAUUAUUUGCCUGUUACGUGUUACAGGCCACACCCGGUAUUUCAUUUGAAGAAAAGUCACAUUUCCCGAAAGUGCAAUCUAGUUUGAACCUUAAAUCGGAAUUCUAAAGUUGAAAUUCUGUUGGCGCGUAUGUGGUCGAUAAAUCGUACUAUGUCUGGAAAAGGGUUAAAUAUAAAAACCGUUUCUAUGAUAUAGCGAAGUUAAUGUUUUAGAUGUUUGUAACCUUUGAAUAUUAUAAGUACCAAUAGGUUCCCAAAUUAUCAUUGGCUGGUUUUAGCGUAUACCUACUACUAUUCAGAAGUAAUAGCCGUAAUAGGUUACUUCAUAUUUCUUAACCUUUUGGACGCCAAUGACCGAUAUAUCCGCACCGCACGCCAAAGACUGAAUAAUCGGUCACAGACCACAGAGCAACAUAGACCUACGUGCAUAUGCAUAAAGUUCAAUUUCAGUUUUGACACUUCGGUGACGUGGCGUCCGCGUGACAGCGUUUGUGUUUGACAUGGCGUCGAAAAGGUUAAAUAAGUUGGGGCAUUUGCGUUUUCUUGAGUACCGCUCAAGGUAUAUUAUGGAAGAAAGACAGAUGACAAGUUCGUAACGUGAAGUACGGCAAUGUGCAAUAUCAUAAAUGCUCAGUUUUAUCAGCUUAUGCUCCAAAUUCUGGUAAAUUUUGCUAAGUCUGGUAUGAAUAUAAAAAAAUUAAAUUAGUCAAAGAGUACAUUUAAAGCAGGUUGUAGCUUUGACUAGUUGUUUGGUGUUAUGAUAGAAUAUUUUUAUACCAGCUUCUGAUAAUAAUCUUAGUAGUGUCAAAACUUAGCGGUAAGUAAAAUAAGGUGUUGCCGUUGGGUCUUCUUGGCGGUAUAAAUAAAUUUAGGCUAUCGAUCAAGAUCUAACUUUUGGGCUUAAAAAGGUCUGAAAUUAUGUGCCUAGGAAUACCUCAGUUUAUUCCUAAAGACCGAAGCUAUAUAAAUUUAAUGGUCCCGAAAGUUAGGUUAAAAUUAGUCUGAAUUUAUUUUUCACUAAAUAUGAUACCGUUUUAUCGUGUUAAGGCAAUGUAAAUUAUAAUUAUAAAAUGGUAAACGAAUGGUGUGAAAUGUAUACUGUAUGUACUUAUUUAGGUAGAUUUUGUUUAUAUUUUUUAUCGAAAUGUAUUAUUUAGUCAUCCUACACUUUCAAAAUUUUUUUGCGUAAUGUUAGGGUGGCUUUAAAUCAGUUAAUUUCUUAUUAAUGAGAUGUUAUGUAUAGUAUAUUAAAAAUUCCACUUGUCUACACAAUUCUGCAAAUUUUGCAUUUAAUUUCAUUCCAAAUGUAGUAUUUUUGGUAGAACUGGGUUGUGUAUUAGGCAGCUAUAAUAUUGUAAUAGUCCCAAUUAUGUUUUUAACUAGAUAAAACAUUUAGCUACUUAUAUUUUGUAGGAGUGGAUUAAUAACAAUUUUACAAAAAUCUUUCAACAUUUUAAAAUGUUUUUGACCGUUAAAGUCUCGGUCAAAACUGUUUUAAAUGCCCAUAAACUAAAGCGCUUCACUCAUCUUACUGUAUUCAUAUUCCUAAAUCAUAAAGGUGUAAUCGAGUUUAGAAAGAGAGACUACACUAAUUAGAAAAGGACAACUGAAAUAAGGUGUGCGAAGCGUUUAAGCUGGCUUGAAUGCAUAAAUCUUAUUUCCACAUUAUCACUAUUAUUUAGGUACGACAUAUUUCCUAUAUAGGACAAUUUAAUUUUUUUCUGCAAAGUUUUUCUAAUUAAAAAAAAAACAAAUAACAAUCGUAGAAAGAGCGAGGGCCGCAUAAAAAAUCACCAUUGGGACCAAUGCUCAAAAUUUAAAAAUAAAAUAUAUUUUCCUGGAAAGUAAUUCUCCGCUCUUACUUCGGUGGUUAUGAACCAAUCAAAUAAAAUAGCCCCAGCAACAAUCCUCCAAUGUAAACUAUAGUCUGUGAAGCAAUUUCCGUCAGUAGGUAUAAAAGAGCGGCAAAUUUAAAAAUGUAGGCGCGUAAGGUUUAUCGUCCCAUAGAAAAUUUGAAUUCGCGCCUUUUUGUACUGACAAACUUGUUGGACCGACUAUAAAAUCCUCCUCAAAACAGAGUUUUAUUCGAUCUAUUUCCGAUAAUUAUGAUACUGAUUUGUCAAAAGUGACGUUUUUGGUUGAAGAAAUGUCAUUUCCUUAUGGAGUAGAUUUUUUGUGCAGUUGUUUUGGAGUUAUAGGACGUGCUUUUGUAAUUCCUGGUGCAUACUUAGUUUUUAGAAUUAUUUUUUCGUCUACUACCUACUUACAUAAAAGAUAACUCUAAUCAGUAAACAUUCAACUGAAACCUGUAUGGCCUGAUUUUUCAAAUGCCAGAUAAAUUAUUGUUAGAUUAAAUACAUUUCACGAACGCGAUUGAUUUACUAAAAUUGUAAAAUACGCGGAAGAAAUGUUCAUAUACAUACUUAGCUUUUAAACUUAUCAAUGGUUUGAAAAAUUAGCCCUUAUUAUAGAUUUGAAUUUAUUUUAAGUAUCAUGUAGAUUGUAUAUAAUUUCUAUUAAUUUAGAAAGUUCUUCCAUUUAUUUCAACUGGAUGGAUAUUUAAAAGCAAUAAUUACAAUUAAAAUUUAUUUCUAGUUGAUUAUUAUAAUAUUUUAUUUUUAGUUUAGUUUUCAAUGUUACGGUGUUACUGUCAGGACGCUUUAAUGGUAUAGUUUUCUAAAUAAAACAAUGUUGGAACUAACUCAAAAUAAUAUAGUCUGUCAAACCUUUGUCAGUACAUAAAAACAAAAAACUAUACUCAUCCUUUUCUUUUGGGUACUAGUGUAAGACAAAGAAAGUAUGAUUCUCUCUGUCUAUGUUUGAAAUGAGACAGUCCUUUGACAAACUAUAUUAUACAGUGUCAUAUUGGCUAUGUGCAGUGCCUGGUGGGUAGGCAAAUUCAUCACAGCAGACGAAGUGGCAUAAGUGCCCGUCAUAAAUUAUACACAACAACGCCCGACCGUAUGGUACACAUAGCCAAUAAAAUGAAAUUUCUCCUAAUUUUUUUGCAAAACAUCUAAAAAUCAUUUUGAGUUGGGUCACUUUUCUAUAAAAUGGGUUACUAUAUCAUUAAGCGAUGACGGUAUUCGCACAAAUAUCAAGUGUGUUUCAAUGGAGUAUAAUAAAGGUGGUUAUCAUAAAAUUAACGAAUUUUUAGUGUAACUAGCAUCACAUGUUGGUUGGACCCGUGGGUCGGGAUGGGCGUUUAUUGUAAAUUUGAGGACAAUUAUUAUAUUAAAUAUACAUGAAUAAAUAAUAUAAUACCCA